CCUAAUAAUGGAAACUAUUACACUUAACCUAUACGCGGUUUGUAGAGAAUCGCUACUAUCUCUGUAUGAAUUGAGGCUUAAACCGCAUGAAACCUAUGCUGCGAUUAUGUAGGUAGAAAAGGCAGACAAAUGUAUUUGUAAGUCGUUGUGGAGCGAUAUUUAGUCAUAAGGUACUUAAAUAAUGAUGAAACUGUUGUAUAUCUUUGGUGUAAUUUAUUUUGUGGGCUCGCUAUGGCGCAGUACUGAAGGGCAGGACUUCGAAGAUCCAUUAAAGAGUUUUCAGCCAAUCACUUUGGACUAUGUCAAUCGCGGCAGCUUUAACAUCUCCGGCUGCCUAAAUGAUCUUAUCAACUGUUGGGAACUCGUCAGAGGCGAUGUGAUCUGCUGGCACGGCAGAUAUUUUGAAACAGUUUGCGGAUUGAGCAGGGAAUACUGCCAGGAUGUUAUCGGAGACAUUGACACGACCCUGACAUACUACGAGUUCACUUUAUUCGAGGCAGUAUGUCAAAACAGGUGGCAUGAAAAUUACACGUAGAACUCAACGCAUGGUGAUUAAAAAAACAACAUGGCUGUUCUAUUGAUUUAUAAUGUAAUAAACAGUUUUUUUUUAAUUAUAAAUGAUAUGAAUUUAGUUUAUAUAUAAGGGGGGUUAAAAUGUUGAAAUAAAUAAACACACUAUAAUUCGGAAA